AUGAGCACCAAGGCGGACAAGCAACUGGGAGCCGUGGCCUUGAAAGUCAGGGAGGGCUACUCGAAUCUGUGGCCCAAGAUCAGAGCAUCGCUGCAGUACGUCUACAAGCACCACUUCCAGAACUACGACUGGUUUCUAAAGGCUGACGAUGACACUCUGAAAUACAAGCAAAUCACAAGAAGCGUCACAGCAGAUUUAAGCCUAAAGGAGCUCUCUCAAUUGCUGGAAAUCGUUAAUGAGAAUGUGAAUAGCUUUGAGUCACAUCAUUUCGAUUUGAUCAACUAUAAGUCACCUCAUUUCGAUGUGUUCACCUAUGAGUCACCUGAAAUCUAUGGAGAGCGGAGCUUAUGGCUUUUGCGGACCUUUUGUACACGAUUGCAGCACUUGAAAAUGAUUAUCGUACGGCCGAGAUGGAAUGAUCUGUUACAGUUGAAGAGUCUUACAUCCCUGCACGUCCAACUUCAAUUCUCGAGGGCAGAGAUGUGCAUGAAUUUUGUUCUUAGCCUAGUGGAACUGCCCUGCCUCCGGAAACUGAACUUAGAGGCAGAAAACUAUAGUGGAGAUGGUCUGCAUGUGCUGGAGAAAUUAGAAUCACUGGCGAUUGGUGCUUAUCCAGGAAUAAAUGCCGAGUGUUUGGGCACGGCCUGCCUGAAAAUGAAACAACUCCGCCACCUAGACAUGGGAAAAUGCAUUGAAAAUCUCACCGGGGACAACUUAAGGGUAAUUGUGAGAAACUGUCGAAAUCUGGAGAGUUUACUCUUAAACACAGUGAUGGAUAGAAAUGUGCCCUAUGAAAUCGUGUGCCAGUUGCCCAAACUGAAGUACUUGCAAAUUUGGCCUCUUGGCUUUCUGAGGGCAGGUUUCAUCGAGGGACUGAUUCACAAAACAGACACUCCGCUGGAAAGCCUCAUUUUGAAGGGAGACGUCUUGCGUGCCGAACAGGUGGAGCAUAUCUGCGAGAUUUCCUCGCUAAGGGAACUUUUCUUGGGGUGCGAGAGUAUUCCCUUGAGUGGCCUGCUUAAACUAAGGAACUUGGAAAUUCUGAACCUGACAACGAGCGAAAUUACCAACCACCAACUGUUGACGAUCCUCGAAGGCUGUCCGCUAAUCAGAGUGGUCGGUCUGGAUGCUCGAAUACUGAUCAACUCAGAUUUUGUUCGAGAUGCCACUCGAUUAUAG